AAUUUGCAAAUUUUCAUUUAUUCAGUUUCAACAAAGGGGUUUUUUAAUUUCCUUUUUUGACUGAUUUUUAAAAAUGAAUCGUUGGUUAAAUAAAGUUGCGGUAGUAACUGGUGCAAGUUCUGGUAUUGGUGUUGCAAUUACAAAAGAUUUAUUAAAAUUAAAUUUGAAAGUAGUUGGUUUGGCACGUCGCCAAAAUUUAAUCGAUGAUAUUCGAAAUGAAAUUUCAACUGAUGAAGCAGAAAGAUUGCAUUCUUUAAAAUGUGAUGUGAGUAAUGAUUUAGAAGUACAAAAAUGCUUCGAUUGGAUUAAAGGGAAUCUAAAUGGUCCAGAUAUUCUAAUAAAUAAUGCUGGUGUAUUAAAACAUGGUAAUCUUAUAAAUAUGAAUUAUGAUGAUAUUAAAGAUACGUUAAAUAUAAAUUUAAUGGGUGUUGUUAAUUGUACAAGAUCAGCUUUUGGUAUUAUGUUAAAAAAAGAUACAAAUUGUCAUAUAAUACUAAUGAAUAGCAUUGCUGGCCAUCGAAUACCAUUUUUGGGUAAAGCAAUGCCAUCUGUAAAUAUAUAUGGACCAGCAAAAUAUGCAAUACGAGCAGCAAAUGAAAUUUUUCGUCAAGAAUUCAAUAAUAUAGGAUCGAAAGUGAAAAUUACUAAUAUCAGUCCUGGUUUAGUUGAAACACCAUUGGUACCAAAAUUUAUUUUAAAUAAUUCUGAAAUUCCAAAAUUAAAACCUGAGGAUGUUUCAAAUGCAAUUUUAUAUGCUCUGAGUACACCACCACAUGUACAAAUAAAUGAAAUUUGUUUGCAACCGGUUGGUGAAAUAUUUUGAAUAUAUGCAAUCAUAA